CAUACGCUCCGUUCUGUCAACAAAUUUUUGUCAAUUCUAUUAUUUACGUCGCAAAUCAAAAUUUCUAGUCCUCUUUCGCAACAAAAUGCCAUUACUGCUAAUGAAAACCAAGCGCAAAAACGAUUGUGAAACGUGUGAUGGUGAACCUGCCGAAAAGAUUCGGAAAUUGGAUGAAUCACGUAACAAAAAAGGCUUUAUGCUCAUCUUGAACCAUGAAUUCUUUGAAGACAAGACGCUGAAACGACCGGGAACAAGAGUAGACGAAGACAACUUGGUGAAAACUUUUUCCAAAUUUAAUUUCGAAUUUGAAAUAUUCAAAGAUCUCAACUACAAACAAGUGGUUGAAUUAGCUGAGCAAUUUUCGAACAAAAACUUUAUCGAUUUUUCGUGUUUGGUAGUGGCUGUAUUGUCGCACGGUGAAGAGAAAAAUCAAGUUUCCGCGAAGGAUCGGUACUAUGACUUCGACGAAACGGUGGUGAAUCCAAUAGCCAAGAAUAUAACUCUGCUCGGAUGUCCGAAAAUUUUUAUCAUCAACGCGUGCCGAGGUUACGAAAGAAAUGUUUAUGUGAGCGAUGGACGAUAUCCCGACAUGGAAGUGGAUUCUUGCUCCAACUGUAAGCCAUCAGUAGAGAAAAUGAGGACCAUACCAUACAUGAAAGAGAUCUUGAAGUUGUACAGCUGUUAUGAAGGCUUUGUGUCGUACCGAAAUCCAUUGUUCGGCUGCCGAUUCAUUAACAGUUUGUGCAAGCAUUUGAAUGAACGUGGUCACAAUACUCCAAUCGAAGAUAUUUUUAAACUUAUAUGCAACGAACUGACGGAUAUUACGGAGUGCAUGUUUGUUCAGUGUCCGGUGGUGUCAUCAACGUUGACGAAAAGUUUUUGUCUGGGUGAUUUGUUAAAGAAUGGGAAAGUUAAAAAUUAAAUGUCGCCUAAGGAUCGAAAUUUUGUACUAAAACUCUACGAAAUUUGUCUUGGUAAAUAUUAGCCAAUUUCGGAAAUUUCUUGAAACUAUUUCUUCCAAUGGACUCCUAGUUUUCUCUCAAUAUCACUUUUAACACAAGCAGCUUCUCUCCAAAUCGUAGAGUCUGAACUCUGAGAGAAAUACCUUGAGGAAAAUACUCAGAGCUACGUGCUACAGUUGGCUUCUCACCUGCAGCCAUCAUCUUCAUGCUAAAACUUACAACAAGGCUUACAAUUUACUAUUUACAAGCGACAACCUUUACUCAAUAC